AUGGACCCAGGAAAUGAUACAGGAACUUCACAAUUUCUUCUCAUGGGAUUUUCAGAAGAACCAGAACUGCAGCCCCUCAUAUUUGGGCUUUUCCUCUCCAUGUACCUGAUCACUGUGUUUGGGAACCUGCUCAUCAUCCUGGCCGUCAGCUCUGACUCCCGCCUCCACACGCCCAUGUACUUCUUCCUGGCCAACCUGUCCUUUGUAGACAUCUGCUUCACCUCCACCACCAUCCCAAAAAUGCUGGUGAACAUCCAGACUCAGAACAAAAUCAUAACCUAUGAGGACUGCAUCACACAGAUUUAUUUUUUCAUACUCUUUGCUGUGAUGGACGUCUUCCUCCUGAGUGUGAUGGCCUAUGACAGGUUUGUGGCCAUCUGCCACCCCCUCCACUACACAAUCAUCAUGAACCCCCAGCUUUGUGGGCUGUUGGUUCUGGUGUCCUGGAUCAUGUGUGUCCUGAAUUCCCUGUUACAGAGUUUAAUGAUGUUGCGGCUGUCGUUCUGUACACAGGUAGAAAUUCCCCACUUUUUCUGUGAACUCAAUGAGAUGCUCCAGCUUGCCUGUUCUGACACCUUUCUUAAUAACGUGGUGAUGUAUCUUGCAGCUGUCCUGCUGGGUGGUGGUCCUUUUGCUGGGAUCCUUUACUCUUAUUCCAAGAUAGUGUCCUCUAUACGUGGGAUUGCAUCAGCUAAGGGCAAGUUCAAAACGUUUUCCACCUGUGCGUCUCACCUGUCGGUCGUGUGUUUAUUUUACUGUACAAUGCUUGGCGUGUACCUUAGCUCUGCUGCUACCCAGAGCUCCCACUCAAGUGCCACAGCCUCGGUGAUGUACACGGUGGUCACACCCAUGCUGAACCCCUUCAUCUACAGCCUGAGGAACAGAGACAUAAAGAGUGCUCUGAAAAGAAUUCUGAAGGGAUUUAGUUUUUGGGGCGAAGGAUUGCUCAGUGUUUUCUAUGCUUUAUCAUGGAAUUUUCUUCCUAUUUCUACUUGAGAACUUCCAGUGCUACCUGUUAAUAUGACACUUCCUGAUAUUAUACAUAAAAUAACUCACUUUUCUUAAUUUUUGUCACAAAUGCUAAGGGUUGGCAAAGGAACAGUAUCAGCCCCAUCCAUUUCGUGCCUCUGUCUUGCUCUGAAAUCUCUCCCACCUGCAUGACCAGAGGAUGCUUCAUAUGAGAGCUGGAUGUUCUGCUGGCAUGUGGUUCAGGGUCCCCAGGUCUUCUGCACAAACGUGCAUGUCCUACAAACUCUCCCCAUUACCUUGAGGGGAGCCUACAUAUAGUCACUUGUUCAUCAAGUCACGGGAAAUAGACUUGAACCACAGAAGGAUGACAACCACUCUCCUCAAUUAUUGGACCAUAUGCCACAAAUAAAAAGCAGCACAUGUCUGAUCAC